UUUAUUUAUAUUCCGAAUUUCCGACGAAACUUUCAACAACUGUAUAAGUUGCGGUGGUGACAAGUAAAGAGAAUUCUAAAACCUCAAGGAACAAGAACUUUGAAUCAGUGUUCCUCACAUGCCUAGUUUACUCUCCCUUCACUCAUUUAAAUUUCACCCGUCUCCUAGUUUUUUAUCAGUAGCAUUACUUAAUGAACAUCCACACAACAGGGGAGGAGGUGCCGGGACCGAUUUGUCAGCACAUCAGCGUUCACAGCAGUAGCAGUCAUUAUUUCGUAUUUCCGACAGAAGUUUGAAGUGAAUCGGGUCUUCGUGCAUUGUGAAUUCUCCUCACAUUUGUCUGUUUGCCAGAGUAGAUUCUUUGUUUCGCAAAAUUUUAAUUUUCAGUGCUCAUCCUGUUUUGUGUUUUUUAGUUUAUCACUCCUGGUGGGUGUUAUUGGGACAUAAAUUCAGUGAAAUAUGUUGUGUUUACUGCUGCCUGUUCUUUUUUAAAGGAUUUCCAAAGCAACCUGCAUAAAGUUGAAAUGUUCUCUGCCAAACAUACAGUUCUUUGGUUAUUAACCUCCCUUUGUUGAGGAAGCAGUCCUGCCAAGAACCGCUUUACGGUCAGGGAGGCCUACUGAAUUUCACCAAUCACUUCUGGAGAUUCCAUUAAUUCCUCAACUUCCAGAAAAGUUCAUCGCAUCAUGAGUCGAUUAUGAAGAAAGUCAUUACCUCUCUCUUUAGCAAUGGAUAACAAACUUGGAGAUAAGGGGUCCCCUGAUCAUAGUGGUAAAUCGUCCUUUUGGAAGAAGAACAUGAAAACUGUGCCCGGAAUUGCCUUGCGGCCUAGCCCAGUGAAAGAAUCAAGAAGUUCCCACCACCACUCAAGCUCAUCAACAACGAUGUCAUUUCAAGACUUCCAAGAGAGUGUGAGUGAUGCCUGGGACUUAGGUGAUGAGGAAACAAAUCAGUCAUCCAACGUACACAUUUCUAAACAAGCUGCCCAGUCAGCAGCUCUGGAUGUCAUCAACCAUCACAAAAAGUCUCACGAAUCCCAGUACCUGUACAGCAAGUCAAAUUCAGUGCCUGCAAUAUCAUCUGUGCACACAAAAAUAGUUUCAAAUAGCAAAUCUCAAACCAACAGCUCUGAUUCCUCGAGUAGGCGUCCUCUCAACCAAAAUCACAAACUCAACUUUCAAAAUAGCGAAAGCAAUACUUCCAAAUUGGCCAAAUUUAACACUCUCUUAGAAUCUCCAUUGCUAGACCUAAAAGAACUCCGCAGGCUCAGCUGGUCUGGUAUUCCAAUUGAAGUUAGGCCAAUGACGUGGCGUUUAUUAGCGGGAUAUCUGCCAGCCAGCACAGAAAGAAGACGGCCAACUUUAGAGCGCAAACGGCAAGAGUAUUGGAACUUUAUCAAACAGUAUUAUGACACAGACAGGGAUGAAAAUUAUCAAGACACUUACAGACAGAUCCAUAUCGACAUUCCUCGGAUGAGUGCUCUAGUUAAAUUAUUUCAACAAAAGACUGUUCAAGAAAUGUUUGAACGUAUCCUAUUCAUAUGGGCGAUCCGACAUCCAGCCUCUGGUUAUGUUCAAGGCAUCAAUGAUCUUGUAACCCCAUUUUAUGUAGUAUUUCUGCAAGAACUUCUACCCCCAGGUGGUGAUAUUGAUGCAUUAGAAGUCGACUCUUUGCCAAAAGAGCAGAGGGACAAUGUUGAAGCAGAUUCAUUUUGGUGCUUGUCAAAUUUUUUGGAUGGAAUUCAAGACAAUUACAUUUUCGCCCAACUAGGAAUUCAAACUAAGGUCAAUCAACUUAAAGAGCUUAUUCAACGAAUAGAUGGUACACUCCAUGCACACUUUCAGAAACAUGGUAUUGAUUAUCUCCAGUUCUCGUUUAGAUGGAUGAACAACCUUCUAACAAGAGAGCUCCCUCUCCGGUGCUCAAUUAGAUUAUGGGACACCUACUUAGCUGAAUCAAGCUCCUUUGCUUUAUUUCAGUUGUAUGUAUGUGCAGCAUUCCUUCUCAAUUGGCAACAAGAUCUGCUCGCAGAGCAAGAUUUUCAGGGUCUGAUGUUGAUGCUACAGAACCUGCCCACAAGUAACUGGACAGACUCUGAUAUUGGAGUAUUAGUCGCAGAAGCAUACAAACUGAUGUCACUUUUUGCAGAUGCACCUAAUCAUCUUCAAAGUAGCACCUCAACAAGGUGACGUUCUUCCAUGAAACUUCCUUAACUCAAGUACAAAGACUUCAGCAGCUCGCUCUCUGCCAAUCAUCAUCUGUGAGUUUCUAGGUUAUCCAUUUUAAUUUGAAUUGUUUUUACCUUUCAUCGAACUUUUUACGGUUGCCUGUUAGUUUUCUUUACAACGUAUGUACUUGUUUAUUA